UUGUGCAGUAUAGUCGUGUACAAUGAGGACUGAAUUGAUAUGCAGACUGUUGAUAUAGAUACCGAUAAUAACUGAUAAAAUGAAAAAAGGUCAUGGGUAUCAGCUUUUUAUAACUUCUAACGAGAAAUUAGUUAAAUUCACUCGGCUAGGACAGGCGUUACCCUGUAUGGACGACGACGAGUCCCAACAAUGAAUUAAAAAUACACUGGAAUUUAUAUCUCAUUUAAUUACAUUUUACGUUACACAGAAAAUUAAUAUAUAUAUUAGGUUAUGCGGCUGUUUUAAGUGUUAAAGGCUUUGUGAACAGGCACCUAACACGAUACCUAAAUGAGGACGUUUGGGUCCUUUCUCUCCUGGUUGCUGGCAAUGACGUAAUAAUCCUGGGGUCGAAACAAGCUAAAUAGUUUGUCUGGCUGGAUCGUCUUUUCUGUAUACAUUUUCCCCACAAGUGUACCGUAAUGGCUUUGGAAACAGUCCCUAAAGACCUCCGCCAUCUCCGAGCAUGUUUGCUUUGCUCCUUAGUGAAGACGAUCGACCAGUUCGAGUAUGACGGCUGUGACAACUGUGAGGUGUACCUUCAGAUGAAGGGGAACCGAGAGAUGGUUUAUGAAUGCACCAGUUCUUCAUUUGAUGGCGUGGUAGCCAUGAUGAGCCCGGAGGACAGCUGGGUAGCAAAAUGGCAGAGAAUAGGAAACUUCAAGCCAGGCGUCUAUGCGGUGUCCGUUACUGGCAGACUACCCCCAGGUGUGGUGAGAGAGCUGAAGAGUAGAAGAGUGAUUUACAAGUCCAGAGAUACGGCAGUGAAGACAUAAGCGACGAGGACACCUUGGCCUGGAUGUCUCUUCGGCAACUCUACUUUUGUAAAUAGUGGAAAAAAAAACAUAUUUUCUUUCAUUUUCACGUUCGUGUUAAUCUUCAGGAACUUCCCUUCAGAAGUUGUCUUUGUUCCAUGACAAAUAAAGGUCUUGUGUUUUAGAAUUGGU